CUCUCCCAUCCAACUUCUUCUUCUGUGCUCUCAGCUCUAAUUUAAAUUACCUCACCCUUAUAAGCUUCUUCUUCUUUAAUUUCCCAACAAUGGCCUUUCUCUCUCUAAUUUCUCUUCCUGCUUUUGAUUUCAAGAUUCUUCUUGAUCUUCUUCUUCCACUUCCUCGACCCAUAAUCUCACUCAGGUGAAUGUGUAACAUGGUCUUAUUUAAAUGUUUUAGAUCGGAGAGGUUUUGAUUCUUUGUCCGAGUGAAAAGAACAUGUUCGGAUAAAAAUCGUUGUUAUUAUUAUAAUUUUGUUUUGUCGUUUUUUUUUUAAAUUUAAUGAUGUUUCAAGGGUUUUUUCCCGGCAUAAAUAAUGCCGUUUUCGACCAUGAUUUUUCCGGCUGCCACCAGCUGAUGGAGCAAGUGGAAGACGCGGCGGCGGUGUUCGGCUCCGACGAGUUUCGGAUGUUCGCGUACAAGAUCCAACGGUGUCCGAGGACGCGCAGCCACGACUGGACCGAGUGUCCGUACGCCCACCGCGGCGAGAAGGCUCAACGCCGCGACCUACGGCGGUUCAACUACUCCGCCGUGGCCUGCCCGGCGUUCCGUAACGGCAACUGCCCUAGAGGUGACUUCUGCGAGUAUGCUCACGGUGUGUUCGAGUACUGGCUCCACCCGGCCCGGUACCGGACCCGCGCUUGCAAUGCCGGCCGGUUUUGCCAACGGAAAGUUUGUUUCUUUGCACACACGCCGGAGCAGCUCCGGUCAGAGACGAAACAAAAGUUUCAUUUCAAUGCUCACCGAACACGUGUGCCGGUGGUUGCCGUUGAAGCUCCGUUGGAGAGUAAGAACGACGACGUUUCGAAUAUUGUGAACGGUCUGAAAGGGCUUACGGUGAGAGAGAUCAGAGAACGGAAAAAUGACCGAAACUUCGGGUGGGAGGUAUCGGAUUCCGAUCUGCCGCAUAUCGGUUGGAUACGCGAGCUGUUACAGUAAACAAAAAUGCUUUAAAUUUGUGUUCAUCAGUUUUAUGUAAAGAUUUCUUCAUGCUCAAACACAAGUUUAUAUUCCUGAUCAUAUCAAUUUGUGUUAAUAAUCCCAUUUCUGUUCAAUCAAAUUUCUGAGGUCAAAGCGAA